AGAAUAAUGGAAUUGUGACAUCAGAUGGGAUUCCUGUCCCUCCAGAAGGCAAAGCAGGAGAGCUUAGCAGCGGUGCUGUGGACACGGGGCUUACUGCCCGGAUGGUAUUCACAGCGGCACCUCAACGCCUGGCCUGGGGCUCCGACCGAGAAGGCCGCCUCUGCCUCAAGAAGAGUCUCCUCCUCCCUUCUAACUCAAUCAUCCAGGGCAGUUGGACCAAGGGCAUCAUCCACCCACGGGAAGAUGGCAGCAAUUCACCCGGGGACCGAGUUGUGCCCUCACUGCAAAAAGCCGUUUAAGCGGUUAAAGUCUCAUCUGCCAUACUGUAAGAUGGCACAUCUCAUCAUCAAGCCUGGAGAAACCCCUCCUCCCAGACGGAAAGCUCGUCUUCCCAAAGCAGCUCUGCCUCAGCCCAGUAAGAAAGAGAAGGGGCCAAGCGAAGACUUGGUCAGAGCCCCGGAGCGGAAUGCCAUGAAAGGGACAACUAGAAAAACAGUGGUAGCAAAAUCAGAAGAGUCUGUUACAUCUUCACGGUCCCCGGAGGUGUCCGGCUUGAGAUCGGCAAGGGACGUUCAGAUGAGUAAAGAGAUGAAGAAUCAAGUGAAACUGAUCCUUCGAAAGACACAGAAUAAUGAACUGACAAAAAUGGAGCUUGCCCAGGAAGCCGUAGCCUCGUUGUAUACAGCAGAACUUGAGAAAGGUUUGUCUGGAUCACAGGAAAGCAGAAAUCAAAAUCCUACAGCAGAUGACUCUUUUCAGGCCCGCCCUGUGGAACGUACGUCGAGUCGGGAUGGGAGACGUGCUCCAGAAGUGCUCGGUGAUUCCAUCCUUCCUUCUGCGGGCCUCAAGUUGGCUAGGCUUGAGCCCUUGAAGAAGAAACCUCUGGCUGAAGUUUUCCAUCUCCAUAAAGGGAAGACAGUCAGGGAGACUGUCCAGGCAUCACCACAGAACGACAGGCGAGACCCCAAAGCCAGUGAAGAAGCCCCCACGAUACCUAGUCAUCUCAAGACACCUCAGCUGUUCGGCCCUCCUGAGGCUAGGCUCCAAAUGGGCGGAACGGAGAACUGGGAUCUCGAAGACCGGGUGGGGGCCGGCAGUGUCAGGGGCCACGUGGAAGCCGCUGGGAAUUUCGGGUGGAGCAGUCGAACCACAGAGGAGGGGGUGGCCGGAGUGGAAAACCCGGGGCGGGAUGGCCCGAGAGGAGACCCGGAAGAAAGCUUGACUGUCUCAGAGCCGGCCCCAGAGAAGAGAAAUCGAGUAGUCGGUCCCCAGGUGGACCCGUUUCCACAUAAGGAAACGAGCAACCCAAGUCUUUCCCAGAAGCUCGCAAAGUGCCUCCGAGAAGAGAAAGGGAAAACUCACGGUAUUGGAAGCCAAGUAAAAAAGUUUGUGAAGAGGGGAGAGGAGACCGCUUUAGCGGCUCAGGCUCUUGCCGGGACCUGGGCCUCACCCACCCAGAGCCAGCGGGUUUCUUCAGAGGUUGACUGGUUUCCUACCCGCGGAAGCCCAUCCACCGAGUCUGCCCACAACAAGGCACCGCGUCAUUCUGUGGGUCUGGAAUGGUUUCCAGAGCUGCAUCCCGGUUAUCUCCAGUUGGGACUGGGGUCAGGAAGACCCGUCGCAUGGAAUAUCGGAGUCCAGAAACCUCCUCUCGGCAUCCCCUGGGGGGAACCCCUCGCUUCAGUUCCCCCCCUGGAGCCAUCUCAGUAUCCUGCCUGGCCAGCCCCCCACCUUUUCUCUCGGAUGGGCCUCCUGGGUGCCCUGCAGCAAGCCUGGGCCAGAUACAGCAGCAGCUCCAUUAACCUGAAGAAGGGUGGAUUUGGGGGCAUCACAGUGCUCUUUGCUGGUUACUGCGUCUUGUGCUGCAGCUGGAGCUACAAGCAUCUCCCACACUGGCACAAGCAUCACUGAUCUGGACAGCAUGCCAGACAAAACCAAAGCCACCGGGGCCAGGAAGCAGGAAAUCAUCAAGGGAGAAAAUCUGACUCCUCCAUGGGAAGACUUAUAAUUUUGGCACUGGGGCAGGGAGGGGCUGGAGGUGAAGAAUACACCUGUGAAACCUGAA